AUGUGCACCUGUAUCGCCGUCCUGAUCCUCGCUAUCAACAUCAUCCUAACCAUCACGGCAAUAUGGGCAACGGGUCUCCACCUCGUGAUCAACGUCUUUAGCACAGUUCUUCUCGGAGCCAGCAACUACGUUAUGCAGAGCCUGGGCGCACCGUCUCGAACUGAUGUCGAUCAGGCCCAUGCCAAGUCGCAAUGGCUGGACAUUGGCAUCUUUAAUUUUCGCAACUUCAGAGUUAUGGAUACCCGACGGAAGAUCUUAUGGGUCCCGCUUCUCAUCAGUUCAACUCCAAUCCACAUGAUUUAUAACUCAGCUAUUUUCUCAUCAAUAUCAAAUCUCAAGUACGGUGCUUUCAUGAUCCCUAACGAUUUGUCACCAACUGAGCCCUUGACCGGUGGUGACACAACUAGCUAUGAGACUUUUCUGUCUUAUGUCGGGGUCGAUGAAACAGUUGUCCGAGCACAUAUAUUCAACGGGAGCUUUGUCAAUGCGACGAGUGCGGAUUGCGUUUCCAAGUACACCAUGGAGUUCAACACAAAGUAUGGCACGCUCAUCUUCGUGGCAGACCGACGGCACUUUCCCAACACCAGUAGCCUCAUUACUUUCGGGAAAAUCCUAUGCAAGAGGGGCGUGUUCUAUGACGAGACUGGCGCCCCCCAUUAUCCGACGCCCUGGUUCAACUUUCGCGAUGAUACAACGUUGGGGUUCCAUGAUACCAAUAGCUAUGGACGUGAUAUUUCAAUCCUGAGGAAUUAUAUUUAUGUUUACAACCCGUCUUACGACGCCUUGCGCGAGUACCUGGACAAUCCUGCUCACUGGGCGAGCAGCUCUUGGGCAGACAAUAUAACCUUUGAGCUGAUUGGCAAUGGCACCAUAGACCUACAACAUGAGAUCGAACCCCCUGCGCGAAACGUCCCUACGUUCCACUGCCUAAUUGGAAAGGCGGAAGAACGCUGCCAGUUAUAUUUUAGUCCCCUGAUCGCGAUAGUAGUCAUCUGCAUGCUGUUGACCAGCCGGGUUAGACGCAGGGAUCUCAUGUUGACAGUGGGAGAUGCGCUGUCCUCAUUCCUCACACGCCCAGAUUCAACCACCCAUGGCCGAUGCUUUCUCUCGCAUGCGGAGGUGGCUCGUGGAUCUCGAGCCUGGAGCCUCCCUGCUAUCACAUUCGGUCAAUUGAAAGAAUACACAGUACAGUAG